CCAAGCUUGGCUCUUUCUUCAGAAUCAGGCUUUGCUCGACGUUGUUGCAAUCUUCCUCUGCAUCUCGUGUUCACGCGCAAUUCCCAGCGGCGCUUAUGCAGGACGAGCUGCUCUCGGCCCGCGUAACGUUUCUAGAAUCAUGAUUCGGUUUAUACUUCUGCAGAAUCGGCAGGGAAAAACUCGCCUUGCCAAGUAUUACAUUCCACUGGAGGAUUCUGAAAAGCACAAGCUGGAGUAUGAGGUUCAUAGGCUGGUUGUUAAUAGGGAUCCGAAGUUCACUAAUUUCGUAGAGUUCCGAACACACAAGGUCAUUUAUCGACGUUAUGCUGGCCUUUUCUUUUCAAUGUGCGUUGAUAUCACAGACAACGAGCUGGCCUAUCUUGAAAGCAUUCAUUUGUUUGUGGAGAUAUUGGACCAUUUCUUCAGCAACGUCUGUGAGCUGGAUUUGGUCUUCAACUUCCACAAGGUGUAUCUGAUAUUAGACGAAUUCAUUCUCGCUGGAGAAUUGCAAGAAACCAGCAAAAAGGCGAUUAUUGAAAGAAUGGGCGAGCUGGAGAAGCAGGAUUAACCAUUGUCCCUUUGGUUUUUGGUUUGAAAUCUACCACAUAGCUUGAAGAUCAGAAUUUUUUUUCUUUUCUUAGUGGGAGCAAUUUGAGGGUUUUAGGUCCCCACCAUUUUACGUCGUGUGAAGCUUGCCUGUUGUAAGAUUUCUAGCAGGGUCGUCUAAUAAUAGACACGGUGUACUUUAUGGUAUAGGUAAGAUUUCUUGUCAUAUUUUGAGUAGGCAGGCUGAGCUUGUAGAGAAAGUUGAGGAUCAAUCAUCAAGUUACUAGACCUUGGAUCAUACCUAAGCAAGAAGGCGACAGAUCCAUUUCCUGAUCUGCAUUAGUUCACGGCAGUCCAUGCUAUGGGAGCAGAGGAGAAAGCAUUGCGUUUGGAGCGAUGUCUCUGGCUCAUUUUAUUCGAAGCCACCACGUAAUUGCUGAGUUCAAUUUAGUCUGCUGGGCUAAUGUGCACUGAGAUGAAGUUGAAUCA